AUGGAGGGGCAAGGUGGCGGCUUAAGCGACCAGCAGUCUCAAGUACUACGACGGUAUCAGGAAAUAACUGAUGUAACGGAUGUCGAAAUGGCAAUCGCGACUUUGGAUUCAUUAGACUGGGACUUGGAGAAAGCAGUUGAUACUCAUGUAGGUGGUGCUAGUGCAGAUUCUGACGCGGGAGAUUAUAGCACUUCUAUUGAUGUGAAGCGUUUCGGCGAACAUAGUGACAAUGGAAUAUUCAGUGAUGUGUACACGACUGGGAGUGCUAGUGAUGAGAAAGAUGAUGUGAGUAUCGCAGGUUCGUCAGCACGACGUAAGGGAACAAAAGAGAUGCGGAAAAAUUCAAGACCAAAUGGUAUGGUUUUAAAUAGUGGUAGCAUUUGUGUUCUGAAGGAUUUUCAACAGUCCUAA